AUGCAAGGCGCCACAACCGCCAGCGGCCGCCACCUGCGCAGAACGUCCAAGAGCUUCCCCCCCACCAGCCGGAGGGCCUUUGGGGGGCGCAGUCCCGACGGGCGCCAUGCUAGGGUUCUGGAGGACGAGGUCGAACAGACGAAGGAGAGCUGCGCGAGGGUGAAGAAGGCCACGGCGCACAGGGCGCGGAUGAACACCGAACUGGAGGGCCAAAGAGACGCACUGAUCGACCGGUGCCGCGUGGGGCAGCGGGACUGCAUGGAACGGGAGGCCGCCCUGGAGGCGCUGCUGGCGGAGGUGCGGGCCGCUGCGGAUGCCGGGUCGAGGGAGGUGUGCGCUCUGGAGGAGGAGUACGCGCGGCUGGGGGCGGAUGGCCAGCGCGCGAUCGACGAGCUCCAGGCCAAGGUCGCGGCGGAGGCCCGCGAGGUGGAGGUGCUUGAGGCGGACCUGAGGGCGAGGAUCGACGCCAGGUGCCCGCCGUCGGUGCGGCGGGAAGUCAAGUACCACAAGGACGUAGUCAAAGCCCUAAGGCUGGUCGCGGACGCCGAGGACGCGGAGAUCCGGCGGCUGGAGGCCCUUCGCAUUGAGCUGGAGGCGGAGGAGGCCGCUGUGGACGCGGAGCGCGAGGAGCUGUCGGCCGCGCAUGGGCGGAUGCUGCACCCCCGGGGCACGGGAUGUUGCGGGCCCCUCGUUGGUGGCCCCGGCGACGCAUGCCCGCCGGGGAUCGCGGCCCAACUCGAGCGCCGCGGUGGUGGCGGCGAGGGCGACAAGGAGAACGCGGCGGGCGCGGACGCGGCCUCGACGUCCGAGGGCGUAAGGCCGGGGGCGUCGGACGGCCGGAGGAAGGUCGUCGCCAGUUCCCCCCGGCCGUCGGGCCUAAGCACCAGGUCGUCGCGCUCCGACGGCUCCUGCUGCUCCGCGGGCGGCCGCGAGGAGCGAAGGCCGUUCAGGGCGCUGCCGCCGCAUAGGCCGAUCAAGCCCUUCGUCCCCAGGCGGUCCGACAAGCCCCCGACGGCCGCCAGGUUGCCGAAGCCGAUAUUCUGGACGGACUAUCGGUCGUUCUAUCGGGAGACGGAGUUCCACCCUUGGCUGAGGGAGGUCAGGGAGGCCAAGGCGGCCGCCGAGCUACGGAAUGCCAGGAAGGCCCAGGCCGUCGAGGAGGAGAGGCUGCGGAGGGAGAAGCAGAAGGCCAGGUUCCGGGCGCGUCCCAUGCCGAACUUUGGAGAGGAGACCGACAGGAAAAGGGAGGGCGGGAGCACGGCGCGGAGCUCCGGAUCGAGGGAGGGGAAGAAAUGA